AUGGUAUACUAUUGUGGCAUGUGCUCUGCUGAAAUUAUGGAACUUGUUCCCGAAACCCGUAGUCUUCUACGCAACACACGUUCUUCGGCAAGGGCUCAUCAAUUCGUUGUCGACUGGACAGUGGAUCGUACAAAACAUUACUGGGAAAAUUCGUUCUUUAGCCGUACUGUCCUAAGUUUUAAUCUAUUUGUUUAUAAAAUAAAUAGUAAUUAUUUUUUUUACAGGUUUAAAAAACGCUUUAGGGUUACGAAGGAAGCUUUUAACUACAUUCUUGACGAGCUAGAAUUUGUGGCACACUUGUCGACAGCAGUACCUCCAAAAAUACAAUUGGCCUCAACUUUAUUGCUUUUGGCUUCAGGAGGGUUUCAAAACACCGUCGGAAAUGAUUUUCUGAUUGGUGUAGGCCAAAGCACACUUUCCAAAAUAAUCAAAAGAGUGGUGAAUGAAAUGGAAAGCAAGCUAUGUAGUAAAUUUAUUGAGUUUAAUCUCGAUAACUGCGACGAUUCAAAGCAAUUCUUUUUGCAAAAAUACAAAAUUCCUGGAGUAAUCGGCUGUAUAGACGGAACUCAUUUUGGUUUGCAAAAGCCACCAAAUGAGCAUAUGUUUUUUAAUAGAAAGGGGUUCCAUAGCCUUAAUUCCAUGAUUAUAUGUGAUCACAAAUACAGAAUUUUAGCAAUAAAUUCUAAGUAUGGAGGUGCUGCCCAUGAUUCUUUUGUAUGGAAACAGUCUGAGGAAAGAAUUCUUUUAGAACAAAAAUAUAGCUCCAAUUUACGAAAUUUUUGGCUUUUAGGUGAUUCUGGCUACCCGCUUGAGCCGUGGUUGCUAACCCCAUACCGAAGUCCUCAAGAAGGAUCAAUGGAGUCUCGUUUUAACGAUAUACAUUCUAAAGCCAGAUGCGUAGUAGAAAGGACCAUCGGCAUAUUAAAAGCGAGAUGGAAAAUUUUAUGCCAUGACAAAAGAAGUAGGUAUAGUCCUCAAAAAGUGGCAAAAUUUUCAAAUGUUUGUGCUGCACUGCAUAAUAUAUGCAUUCACUUCAAAGUGCCUAAUUACGAGGAUGUCCAGCAAACUCCUGUUGAAAGUACAAUGCUAGAUAUGGAUAAUGGAAACGAGACUCAAAUAACUAAAAUAGGAAAAAAAAUCAGAGAUAAUAUCAAAAAUUCGUUGUGUUCCAAUUAGAAUAAAGAUACAUAAAGGUUUUUAAAAGUAUAUAUUUUUAUUAAUAAAAUAAAAAAAAACGUUUGUUAAAAUAAA